AGACCUGAAAUUUUUGUUUUACACCUUUGGGUGCUGUUCAAGAGUUUCUGAAUUUGGCUAUGCAGUUCAUCAUUCACUGCUGGAGCAAUGGGGGAAAAGCAUGGAAUGAUUGUGGAGACGUGGAGUGCAUUGGAAACAAAGCAAGGGUGAAGGAAGGCUGAGGUCACUAGGUGUCUACUUAGGUUGCUUCUGAAGCAGUCCACCAAUAACAUGGAGAGGUCCCCUUCAGGCUCUCCAGUCUCACCAGUCAGAACCAUUAUAAAGGGACGGAUGACUCCGGUGGAUCCUCGGCGGUGAAGCCAUGGCGUUCUUCAACGGCGGGUCGCGGGCGCUCGUCGAAAUCCUGACGAGGUUCCAGAGCGCUGAGAGGCCAAUGCCGGUGGACCACACCUUCUUCGAGUUCGGGUCAGUGCGAUACCAUGUACAGGCCUCGGCGUCGGUCCCCGAGAACGUGUACCUGUCGAUAUCGACGCCGUCCCUCUCCCACGAGGCGUCGCCGUCGACGAGCCUGCCGGAGUUCACGCUGCAGGAGGCGAGGAAGAUGUACCGCAAGUUUGCGGAGAUCGUGGAGCCGGCCAAGGAAGGGUACGCGCUGACGCUGAAGCUCAACUUCUCGGCCCUGGCCCGGCCGAAGGACCGCGCCAGGGCCGUGAGGCAGGUGUCGCUGCUGCAGUCCGUGGUCCUCGGGUCGCAGCUGAAGCACCUGCUGGGGAACCUGGGCUCCUCCGGCGCCACCAAGCUCGUCUACAACCACCGCGACCCCUUCUUCGUCAGCAGGACGCCGGGGAAGAUAAGCGCCGUUUUCCCCAUGCGGUUCCGGGACGACACAGACAUCGCCGUGGCCGCCUCCUUCUUCCAGGUGGGUGCCCGACACCAUCUUAUCAGUAGUGGUUCAGUGAUCAAUCAGUACCCACCUAGCUGCUUUUCGCCUGCCCGGAGACCUGAGUGGUGGCGUGUACGGUGGCAGGAGCUGCAGGACGCCGGGAGCGCCUACGCGAGGGCGCCGAGGUGCAGCUGGUCGGCCAUCCCGCCGCCGGAGCUGCGCGGGGAGUCCGUGCACCACCUCACCACCAACGGCGGCUUCGUCUCCUUCGACAUCUUUGAGCGGCACGUGAAGCGGAAGAGGGCCGCGAAAACGGCGUGGAUCCUGCUCAACUUCCAGGCCUACGUCAAGUACCAUAUCAAGUGCACCCGAAACUACAUUCAGAGCAGGAUGAGGAAGCGGCAGGAGAGCUUGGCAGAGGUAAUCCAAAAUGCAAGGCUAAGGGGAGGCGAUGACAAGAAGAAAUUACAAGCGAGGAAGAAGGGCAAGAGAAGGCUGUUCAGCCUCGGCAAGGCCAAGAAGCUGCAGAAGGGUUUCAGGGCCGUCAUCGACGGGAUCAGGCGGCUCCGGCAGAGGAUCAGAGUGAAAGCUCUGGACCGCUUCAGGCGGUGCUUCGUCGUGCCCAAGCUUGCUACCAAGAAGCAUAAUUACCUCAGACUAGGAGCAUGAACGGAGAAGAUUUCCAUUCUGAUGUCAGGACGCGCCCUCAGGCAUUGGCAAUUGGAUAAG